AGCAUCUGUCGGAGCCUGACUGGUGCUUGUUAUCUAAGUGACAGGUUAUAAAACAAGAAAUGAAGGAAAAGACUAUGACCUGAAGGGCCUGUAAGUAAGAAAAGAGGAAAAUAAGGUUAUAAAUUUUUAGGAGUUAGAAGUGAGAUGAGAUUUUUUAGAUGGAAAGAAGUGUCUUCUAGUAGAGGAGCUGUUGGUUUGGCAAAGCAGCGAGGCUGGCAGGCGCGUACGCCCUUCAGGAACUCGCUGUCUGUCAGGGUGGCUCUCAGGACUGGUCCCAGAGCAUCACCGCUGUUAGCACCUGCCUUCAAGCCUGCGUUUAUUACAGAAGAGGAGAAACGCCUGUGCCAGACAGGAGAAAACAUGAGGUCGCCGUCGGAAGAGUCAGUCCCAUUACAUGAAGAAUUUAUCUACUGUUGUGGAGCUGCUACCCAUGUCUUAAAGUGUGGGCCCUGGAAAGACCUCUCAAAAGAUGAAAGUAAAAAUCUACCCCGGCUCUUAUUCAUGAUUAUUCCUGGUAACCCUGGACUGGCAGGUUAUUACAGGACCUUUAUACAGGCCUUAUAUUGUGGACUGAACCAGCAGUAUCCCGUGUGGGUUGUGAGCCAUGCCGGACAUUGUAAACCUCCCAGUGGGAUGGAAAUGAUAGAAGACACAGAUAUUAAGGAGCUAGAGGAUGUUUUUGGACUUAACGGACAAGUAGAGCAUAAGCUGAACUUCCUCAAAAAGAAUGUAUCAAAAGAUAUAAAGCUGGUACUGAUUGCUCAUUCUAUUGGUUGCUACAUCACCCUGGAGAUGAUGAAGCGAGCAUCAGAACUUCAGGUUCUUCGCUCCGUGCUGCUGUUCCCGACGAUCGAGCGCAUGGCUCAGUCCCCGCAGGGGAAGCUCAUGACCCCACUGCUGUGCAAGCUCCGCUAUGCUCUGUACAUGCCUGUCUACCUGCUGUCCUUCCUGCCUGAGGGCGUCAAGGCCUCCCUGGUGCGGUUCGCACUGCGAGGAAUGAAGACCUGUGAUGAAUCUUCCAUAACAACCUCCAUAAAUCUCUUCAGCGUCGACUGCAUCGCCAACAUCUUGUACAUGGCAAGCCAAGAAAUGAUGAAGGUGGUGGAGAGAGACAGUACAACCAUAAAACAAAAUUUAAAGAAGCUGAUUUUUUACUAUGGAACUGGAGACAGCUGGUGUCCACAGCACUACUACGAUGAGAUCAAAAUGGAUUUUCCAGAUGGGGACAUUCGGCUUUGUGAGAAGGGGCUCCGCCACGCCUUUGUGCUGGAUGCCAGCAAGGAGAUGGCUGCCAUGAUCACAGACUGGCUACAGGAUGAUCUGACCAAAUUAUAAGCAUGGAUUCAGUGAUUAACAAGAAAACGAUGUAAUUAUUUUGUGAACGUGUAA